UUUAUCUUUCUUGUCAACACUUCUUGACAAAUUGGCCAUUAUCUUUCUUAUUCCACAGCAACGAGCGCUGCUGCUCCUUUCCUGGGGACGCCAAGAGGCUUUUCUCCGUCUUUAUGCGUCUUCAUAUCCAGAACAAAAUGAAGGGCGCUGGGAGGCACGACGGACUCAGUCCAUUAUGUGGAACUGAGAAACGAGAACCAAGUGAGCUGGCACCGGACGAGGCGGCAGCAAACCUAAUUGUGGAAGCAGAUGUGACGGGUCCCCGCCCCGGCCGGGAGCAGCUGCACCGCAGCGCCACCCUGGAGCCCAGAGAAGGAAGCGUCUGCCGGUGGGAAGGGCCGGGCCGGACCCACAGCCAGGGCGGCGUGGAAAGACCGGCAGAGCCACGGGGGAUGGCUUCCCCACCCCGAACAGAAUGUGCCAGGAGUGUCCACGGCACGGAAGCCGGCACCGACGGAGUCCAUGGCUCGAAGCUCACACAUGGCCUUGACGGCUCGGACAGAAGAAAACAGAACUUAGGGGCAGGAGAGAACACGAUGCCAGCAUGCAACCCUCAGCCUCACGGGACCCUGGCGGAGACCCCGGGAGAGACUCGGGCCUCCACUGCUCCCGGGGAAGCAGACGGCCGGGAACUCUCAGCCGGCAAGUUCCACCGGCCUCCUCCGGCUCGGGCUGCGGGCGGGGCUCUAGAUGCUAAAGGCACCGACGUCAAUAAACAGAGUCAAGGCCUUUGCUUUCAGAGCCUACAGGUCAGUGGAAACACAAAAACAACACUAGGGAGAAAAUUAAGCCCCUGAACAAAGAAUCACAUGGGGAACUUAUUGCAGAGAAGGGUCUUUGGGUGAAGUGAUAACCACC